AUUCGCUUGCUUCAACAGCAAAUAUCCAUCGAUCCUCACCUGCUGUCCCACGCCUUACUCCUGAAAGAACACGUUGACGCAUUGGGCGUGUCGCGUUCCAAUUGUAUUUCCCUAGGUUUACUGUUCUGGCCUAGGCGCACGCAUUCCAAUAGACAGACUCGCACUGUUUUACUUUCUAGUGCAAAACCUGCGCUGCAGCGUAAUUUUUUUGAUCGUGCAAUACCAGAGCACUGCGGAACCUGUAACCUGAUAACCAUGUGGUACCCAGAACAAGAGGGGACCCGCGUGCCGUCAUCCGAUUCAUCUCUCUUGAUAUCUUCCGACCAUCCUUCCAAAGGGUUCACGGUCCAUCAGCAUAUUCCUCAAGAGUAUUCAACCCAUUCUGACGCCGAAAGCAUGCACGACAGUAGGAUAGAAGGCGACCAGCUUGCCGCCCUAGGAUUUUCAAUAUGUCCUUCAAUGGCGCCAACUGAAUCAAGCGAGGAAACUCCCCAGUCGACUCCUACAGCCGUUUCAGUGCAGCCUUCACAUACCCCAGCGACAUCUGCUCCGUCAAAGCGUUCCUUUCAACACCCACCAGACCCACCCAGUAUUUCACCGUCACAGCAUAAUAUUAUCCUGCCUUUCCAAACCGCCAACAGCUCUUCAACUUUCUCGCACUCUUCAAGUUUGAUCGAUCCCGACGCAAAUAUACCGCGUCUGACAAGCAAACCGGGAUCAUCACCAGUACUGAGGCCAGAAUCAGUAUCUGAAACACCAGGAGUAACACCGGGAGGAACCACGUCCUUGAAUCAGGCACCCUCAUUGAUCGCUCGGAUAUCCAUUCCUGAAAGCCAUCGUAAGCUGUUUGUGGAAACACUAUCGCGCCCACCGGAUCCGGCUCUAAAGGUCAAGAAAAAGUCUGUACGGUUCAAGGCGGCUCUUUCGGGGUCCACUGCAUCGGUUGCAGCGUCAAAAGUUCUGCGGAGCAACCAAGAAAGUCCAGUUGCGACCUCAACGACCCGCUUACCCUCCAGUAUCUCACCAAAAUCAGGAUCAUCACGUCCACUGUGUAGCUCCUCCCCUAUAGCCCACCAUACCAGUAAAUUAUACGGUCUCCCGGUUAUGGACAGCAGAGAUCCCGACGAAAAGAUGGCCGAGCUGAUGGAACUUAAACAAAAUUCGACAGGGAGAUUUCUUGCACUUGAAGGAUCAGAUCUUUCAGAUAUCGCAGAACCUGGAAGAAAAAGAGAGUAUCCUGGACGAGGUCCGUGGUGAACGAAAAGCGCUGCAGUCGGAACUCUCGCGUUAUAUCGCCAUGAUCAAACAAGUGCAGAAGGACUUCGAAUUUGCCCAACAAGCAGAACAAGACCUGAUCAAGGAACGCGACCAACUCUCUCAACACCUCUCACAAAUCAAG